CUACCCAGGUUGGUACCUCCGCUCGAAGACUCUACAGUGAUUACAUGAAUGAGUCACAAGAGGAGCAGGAGGUUGUGUGUGUAUGGGAGGAAGAAAUAAUCCAUGAAGAGGAACCCGAUGAUUCACCUAGGAAAAAGAUGUACCCAGACUUACAGGAGUGUCAAACAAGGCCACUGCAUCCCUUCAGCUACCAGCGGGGUCAGUACUGGGUCCUCGAGAACUACAUCCCUGCUGAUCGAUCCUACCCUUGCAACCAGUCUAUCACCUACACUACCCACGGCGACUAUACCUUCCUCGAUAACCUGGAGCCCCUCACCUCUCGCUGGCAGGGUCCCGUAAGUGUAGCAGUGUACGCUCCUGGACAGGACUUCCAAUCGACCAUCGACAGCAUCAUCUUCCUUCGUAAAUGUGGUAGUGAGAAUGUGAAGAACUACGUCACCUUCCACAUAUAUUUCCCCAUUUCUCACAUUCCAUCACAAGUACCAACGGCGGAAGAGGUGCGAGCGAGGAAGGGUGACUGUGAGCAGGGGCUCAAUCUAACCAAGGCGACCACGUACCGUCAUCAGAAUGGACUAUUAUACCCCGUCAAUGUGGGCAGGAACGUGGCCAGACUUGCUGCGCAGACCUACUUUGUCCUGCCCUCCGACAUCGAGCUUUACCCUUCCGUCAAUUUCAUACCCGAAUUCUUCAAGAUGCUCAAACGCAAAGAUGCCUCCCGCACAACUAAGCCUCGGAUAUAUGUUCUCUCAAUAUUUGAAGUGAAGGCUGAAGAGUCACCACCAGAGACCAAGAGAGAACUAUUGAAGAUGCUUAAGUCGAAAAAAGCAAUUCCAUUCCACAAGUAUUUGUGUAAAAUAUGCCAUACUGUUCCACAGGCAAAGAAAUGGAGAAGAACACGAGACGAGCCUAACCUGUCUGUGUUUUACAUUGCUCAGCGUCAUGCCCCAUAUGGUAAGUGGGAGCCCAUCUACGUAGGCACCAAUGCAGAGCCUCUGUAUGAUGAGAGGUUGUCCUGGGAAGGGGAGAGUGACAAGAUGACACAG